CGGAACAGAGGUAAGACGUGUCGUUAUCAUACAUCUUCUUGCUAUGUUAAACAUGUUUGUCCAGCACCGGGCACUGAGGACAGUGCAUCAUGGAAAGAGGGGGUAGUGUAACGAGCAACAGGAAGUGAACGUACUAGAAGAAGCCUUGCGCAGGCUAAACCUGCAGGAUAAUGAGUAAAACCGUUUUGUAAUAGACUUCGCUUUUUGUAAUUAAACCGCGUAAUUCAGUUUUUCAAUAUAUCUCUGUUGUGCCCGUACGCCGUGUUCUUACUGGAGUGGCAUCUGCCGGUCCUGACUGUUGUGUUGUGUUUCAGAUCGCUCCUGCUUGCAAGUAAACGUUAAUAGUACGUGCUAUAGCUGUUGAGGCUUGUGUCACUGCUGAUUGUUGUCCAUUGUUUUACAUGAUAAAUGUGAGUGUAUUACAUACAUUCACAGUGUUCUACAAAAGAAAAAGUUUCUCUGUAUUGCAAACAUUGUGGUCUCAUAGUUCAGACUGCUGUCAUUUGUAUUUUACCGGUUACAACAGGUAUAUGGGGAUAAUUUAAAACGAUUAGUAGAAGAAUUAAUAAGAAACAGUGUUAAACGACAUAGGUAUCAUUCCUGUUAGCUAUUUUUGCAUAUGUAAGAAAACGUAUAGAUAUUUCGGUUAUUGGGGGUAUGAUGAGUUACAUACUCAAUCAGAUGCCAGUUAUUAAACCUAAGUGGUUUGGAGCAAUUGUUUGGUGGUAAAAAAUAACUUGUUUUCAAUGCUACUCUAAUAAGCAAACAACUAAUCUCACAAGGCUAGUUAAGUGUUUAAUUUUCCAUGUCUGUUGUCUUUUUUCUUUGAUUCAUGUCGUAAACUCUGUAUAAAUUGAAAAAAUUUCUAUCCGAUUAGACUACGGACAGUAUUUAUUUGACACUAGAUCUGAGAUGAAAUAUAAAAAGAGGAAAUUGGAACUAUUAUCUUGGGAAGAAAAGCUUGACAGACAAAUCCAGUUUGUGAAUGUCGACAAUACAGAUGAAAAUUAUCUCUCUGCUGAUGAACCAACCGAUGUGAUCAUUAUGAAAACAGUCACACCGCUUUCAUCGAAGGGUGUUGGUGGCCUACGCAGGCUAUGUAUGUCGAAAUAUUUUGAGGCUGAAUCUGUGAUAGAUUUAGACCGAUUGUGUGUUUCUGGCGAAGAUCUGCUAUAUCACAGUAGUAUACCUCAACACCGUGAAGCCGUCAAGUAAUAUUCUGUCUUCUGGUGUUAGAUUGGUGUAUGAACACUUUCCCAGCAUGAUACAGUAACUUUGUAAUUGAUCUGUUUAUAUUAUUUUAUGGAUUUAAUAUUUCCUAAAUCAGGAUACUUCGUUUCUACAAGAGACAUUCUUCAACUAUUGUGCAAUAACUCAUUGUUCUCUCUACUGAAUAGAAAGGGGUCUGCACUACUGUGAAACUGAUCACAGAAAGAUUUUCUUGGCUAAAAAUGAACUCAAGUAUGUUGAUUGUUAUCGGAAUACAAACAAUUGUUCUGUCAGUGGCUCAGAUAAUACAGCUGUAACUGUGAUACGACCAAUGCUUAAAACGGUGACAAAAAUUAUAUAGCUGAUUAUUCACCAGAGAUAAAUAUAUAUGAACAUCGGAAAAACACUGGAAGCAUUGUGGAGAGUAAUGUAACGUCAUGUGCUAUGUUAAACCCACAUUGUUUAUUCUAGCUUCCGGACAAGUCAAUCUAUCUAUUCUUAAACCACAUUUUGAUCUUUUCACUUACUGUAUUAUUUUUCCGAUUGUUUUUAGAUCAGCGUGUGUGUACAUCUUAUCCUACUCAUCACAUGUCUGUAGCUUAUUUUUAUCAGGUUAUAAAUAUUCAUUAACGCUUGAUUGAAUCGAGUUGUCUCGCUUGUCUUCUUCAAUUUACUUCGCUCUUCCCUCUUUGUUUCGUCUCCCUGAUUGCCUAUUCAAAUCACUGGGUGUACAAAAUAUAUGUAUUCAAAACUUCAUUUUCGUAUUUGGUUUAUUUAAUUCCGUUAUUCACUAACGCGGAUUAAGUCGAUAACUUUAUAUAAGGAUAGAUGACAUGUGUGUUUCAAUAACAAUCAUUCAUACGAUCCAAUGGGAGUAAGAUACCGGGCCAUUAAGGCAUGUUUAGUGACAAGUGAUUCCCCAAAAAUUACGGAGAAACCACAAAAAGUAUAGACUGAUGUUUGAGACAUAUUACAAGUACAUUAGAUAUAAGAAAUAACUUGAAU